CCUCAACCCACCAGCAUGUCCUCGAGACCACUACCGAAUCCCCCUUUUCAAUAUCCUCAGAAUUACUGGGGACCGGUCUAUGGCGACUCUAGGAAUAAUCAUCACUACCAGGACCAAUACCACAACCCCUACGGAUACCCCAAUUAUGCCCACCAGCCUCCUGACUUCGAUGAGCAACCUGCGACGUCUUCCAUACCCGUCGGGACCCUUCUCCACAAAGGGUUUUACGAUCUCCUCGCGAUGAUUCCAACCCCUUCUCCAUCCCGGCUCAUUUGGGGGAGUCCUCCUAGUCCCAAUAAGAGCUCAGAUCUGCAAGCUGGUCCCCGAUACGAGGAAAUAGUACCUCCAGCAAACGCUGCGAUCAAGGCGACGCCAAAGAAAGGGCGGAGAGUUAGCAAAGACAUGGUUUCAAAACCUACGGGCUUUGUCCACCUAGUACAUGCGUCAGACGCGGACCAAUAUGAAGCUCUCCUAACCAGGUGGGGUCCGGAUGGAAUCGGCAAACUGGGAGAUCCGCAGUGGGCAAACCCGAUUAAGAACCGUGUAAGGAUGCUGAACCAAGCUAAGGCUGUCAACGAGGUUGUGAAUGCCUGCAAGCCCUCCCAAGGCAGUGUUUAUGGAGAUACCACUUUUGGACAACUACAUGUUGUCAAUGGUAUCAGCAGCGCGACAUCUUCGUCGCUUACCACGGGCGCCAUAGAGAAUAUGAGCAUAGGUCCCUACAGAUACGACGGUCUUCCGCAACGCUGGGGUGGAGGCUCUACUUUGCGUAAGGCUACGGGAGGGUUGCAAACGCACCCCGAGGUAUACGAAGGCCAGGAUCGGGGCGCUUCUCCCGUUAUGGACCUUCCUCCGCCGCCCCCUGCCAAACCGAUUAUACCGUCACUGACAACACUGGAGAAGGCAGUGGCAGCCAGGAUUUACUUCGAGAACAUCUAUUUCUCCCUUUUCCGCCACGUCCCGUCACGCGAACAGAGACGCCUUGCGAUGGAACGAGACAUGGCAGCGAUGGGUCUUGAUUCUGCACAGAAGGAGAUAUUGAGGGCACGUUGGCGGCAGAACGAGACAGAAUACCUCCGCCAGACAAGGCAAAAGUUGGAUGCAAGCGCUUUUAUCAAACUGAAGACGAUAGGCCAUGGUGCCUUUGGGGUCGUUUCUCUAGUCAAGGAGAAAUCCAGUGGAAAUCUUUACGCUAUGAAGCAGAUGCGCAAGGCAGAUAUGCUACGCAAGGGUCAAGAGGGGCAUGUGCGGGCAGAACGUGACAUCUUGAAGUCUGCUUCUCUCGUCCAUUCCCCGGGGGGCGCCGAGUGGAUUGUGAGACUCCAUUACAGCUUCCAAGACCGGGAUAAUCUUUAUCUGAUCCUGGAGUACAUGGGCGGUGGAGAUCUCCUGAAUUUGCUGAUAGAACGAGAUAUAUUCGAGGAGGACUUCACCCGAUUCUAUGUCGCCGAGAUGAUACUCGCAAUCGAACAGUGCCACAAACACGGGUUUAUCCACCGCGAUAUUAAGCCAGACAAUUUCUUGUUCGACCCAGAGGGCCAUAUCAAAUUGAACUACGAACAACAACGCCUGCACCUACUGCACAAAUACGGCAUUGAUCUCGAGGACCCCAAUGGCAUUGCUGACGGUCGGAAAACAAAGAGACUAGACCCAAAGCAGAUUGAAUUGCUCAUGGGAGGAGGAGACGGCAAGACGGGGAUCUUCACUUGGCGUGAAAAGAACAAACGCAAGCGACACGUCACCAGACAGAAAAUCUUGAACUGGAAGCAGUCUCUCCGUUUUCCUUCCCGUCCCAGAGUUUCACCUGAAGGCGUCAAUCUCAUGCAGCAGUUGCUCUGUGAACCUGAGGAUCGAUUGGGAUCUCAGGCCUCGUCCUCUGUUUUCAGGCCCGAUUCCCUGGUCGUCCAAGCAAGGCGCAGCGGUUUCAUGCCUCAGGCUGGUUCAACCACUAGCGUUGACGGUGCCCAUCUCAUUAAAGUAAGAUCCCCGCUUCACUCUCCGUCGAACGUUGCGUCCCGCUCACGCCUUGUGGAACAGGCUCAUCCGUGGUUCAAAGGGAUCGAUUGGGACAACAUCCACAAGUACCCUGCACCUUACCGCCCGGAACUCACCAGCCCUGACGACACGCGCCAUUUCGAUUCCGAUAUCCCACCUGAGCCACUGGCACCUGCCAACGGUGCCCCUCCCGAUGCAACGAGGGAUCCUAUGUUGAAGGACAAGGUCCACGGAGAAGACAUUCUGAACGUCCGCAAAGCCCUCGCUUUCGCUGGAUUCACUCAUAAAAGCCCAAGGGCUAUCGAAUACGUCAGGGUCGACCGAGCAUUUGACCCUAUGCCCACACCACGAGGCGGCGGCCAUGAAGAUGCUCUAAGGGGUCGCUCUCCUGUUCGAGAAACACGCACUAUUGGCAAGGGUCGGGCGAUCUCGUUAUAAUGCGCGGUUGUUUGACUGGUCGACAACACCGCUUCCGCUUGCACCAAGAGCGAUCGACUACGAUUAUGACGGACGGCGCCUAACCUAUCAAGGCAAAGACGUCUUUGCUUCUCUGGCCAUCUUCCUUUGUAUGCAGAGCUCCCUAGCCCUAGCGCUGCGGAUCGCCGCUCGUAUGCCCGAAAGGUGAGAUCAUCAUGGAGGGGAGGUGUUGCGAGUUUUCCAUACCAGUGUUUGUGAUGGUCGCACCUAUAUGUACAUGCAAGAGCUGUUCUCGGAUGACGGAGGACUUCGAUGUGCAACACCCUGUGUGCUUGACAUGCUUAUAUUUUGAAUGCUGUAUAAAUAAGG